GAUCGUAAAAAGGAUAUAGGUUAGAAAGUUUUAAAAGUUGAAAAUAUUUAUUGCUAGUUUCAGAUUUUACUUUGAAGUUGUUUAUUUUGGACAACAACUGUGACAACGGUUUGUUCUCCCUUUUUUAAGUGGUGUUCUGAGGUUUUUAACAGAAAAUCUUCCUGUUUUUUUAUGUCGACUGUUUGUGUUUACGUUAAAAUGGCGGGGUUGUGGAACUUUUGAUAGUUUGACUAAAAUAUUUUUAAAAGGAAUAUUCUUCGAUUUAAGUGACUUAAAAAAAUCAAGAAUAUGGCUCGAAAAAGGGGUAGGUUAAGUGAAGAUGACUGUGAUCAGCAAAAUAUUGAAGUAGACGCGGAUGAUAUAUUUCCUGCUGAUCUUCACGAACAUGAUGCUAUAGAUUUUGAAGAGACUGGCUUCAGAGGUAUCAGAAAUAAAAGAAGACGAGUUGCUGGAAGAGGUAGAGGAGGCGGUCGAGGUCGUGGUAGAGGGGCUGGCCGGAGGGCUAUUCAAGAUUCCCCAACAGACGAUCCUAAUAGCUUGUUCGAAGUCGUUAAACAAGGCCGUAGUGCACUGCAGUGUGUUGUUGAUGAUUGGAUUGAAGCUUAUAAACAAGAUCGUGAUAUUGCUCUACUUGAUUUGAUGCAAUUUUUUAUUCAAUGUGCUGGUUGCAAAGGACGUAUUACUCCCCAAAUGCAAGCUACUAUGGAACACGCUCAGAUCAUUAGGAAAAUGACUGAAGAAUUCGAAGAAGAAAGUGGUGAUUAUCCACUGAUUAUGAGUGGUCCUCAGUGGAAGAAAUUUCGCACCAAUUUUUGUGAGUUUGUUCAAGUAAUGGUACGUCAGUGCCAAUACAGCAUUAUAUACGAUCAGUAUUUAAUGGAUAAUGUUAUAUCUUUGCUUACUGGUCUGUCAGAUUCUCAAGUUCGAGCGUUUCGCCAUACGGCAACCUUGGCUGCUAUGAAACUUAUGACUGCUUUAGUUGAUGUUGCUUUAAAUCUUAGUAUAAAUCUUGAUAACACACAGCGUCAGUAUGAAGCUGAGCGUCAAAAGAAUCGGGAUAAGAGAGCCACUGAAAGACUUGAAAUGCUGUUAAGCAAACGUCAAGAGCUAGAAGAAAACAUGGAAGAAAUAAAAAACAUGCUUACUUACAUGUUUAAAAGUGUGUUCGUGCAUAGAUAUCGAGAUACAUUGCCAGAAAUUCGUUCUAUUUGCAUGUAUGAGAUUGGCCAAUGGAUGAAGAAAUUCCAUCAACAUUUCUUGGAUGACAGUUACUUAAAGUACAUAGGUUGGACCCUUCAUGACAAAGUGGGUGAUGUGCGUUUGAAGUGUUUGCAGGCUCUACUUCCUCUUUAUGGCGCUGAAGAAUUAACAAGCAAAAUGGAAUUAUUUACCAACAAAUUUAAAGAUCGUAUUGUGGCUAUGACCUUAGAUAAGGAAUAUGAUGUAGCUGUUCAUGCUGUGAAAUUAGUGAUAAGUAUACAUAAAUAUCAUAGAGAAAUAUUAACUGAUAAAGAUUGUGAGCAUGUGUAUGAACUAGUGUAUUCAUCUCAUAGAGCAGUUGCCCAAGCAGCUGGUGAAUUUUUAAAUGAACGAUUAUUUCAACCCGAUGAAGAAGCUGUCCAAGGUCUAAGAACUAAACGUGGAAAGAAACGUUCUAUAAAUACUCCAUUGAUUAGAGAUUUAGUGCAGUUUUUCAUUGAAAGUGAACUUCAUGAACAUGGUGCAUAUUUAGUUGAUAGUUUAAUCGAAAGCAAUCCGAUGAUGAAAGAUUGGGAGUGUAUGACAGAUUUGCUUUUAGAAGAACCUGGAGCUCAAGAAGAACCGCUUGAUGAUCGCCAAGAAACAUCUUUGAUAGAAAUUAUGGUUUGCUGUGUUAAACAGGCUGCAACAGGAGAACCUCCUGUUGGAAGGGGCCCAAAUCGGAAACAACCUUCUGUAAAAGAGUUAAAACAAGUUUCAGAUGAUCGCAUAAAGUUGACAGAGCAUUUCAUUAUGACUUUGCCAUCGUUGUUAGCAAAAUUUCUUGCUGAUGCUGAAAAAAUUGCAAAUCUGAUGCUCAUACCUCAAUACUUUGAAUUAGAAAUAUAUACUACAAGUCGACAAGAAAAGAAUUUAGACAGUUUGUUGAAGUUAAUUCAUGAAAUUGUUGAACGUCACAAUGACACUGACGUCUUAGAAGCCUGUGCUAAAACUUAUGAAUUUUUAUGUAACGAAGAACUUGCAAUUCAUUCAAGGUGUGCUGUUGCUAGGGGGACUUUAGUUGAUUCCUUGGUACAUAAAUAUAACCAAGCCUCAAAUGAUUUCUUGCAAGCUGGAGCUGAAGUAGAUGAAGAUGAAAUUUACAUCGUAACAUCCGCUAUGAAGAAAGUGUCUAUUUUCUAUAGCUGUCACAAUCUUGGACCCUGGAGUAUUUGGGAUAAAAUUUAUGAUUUUUGGGUUAAAGGUGCUCUUCUUGAGAAAGGUUUACCUGAAGAAGUUGUAAAGUAUGCUAUGUCUUGUUGCUCAAUGGGUAUUAUGUGGGAUCUGGCUGUUUUAGAUGACACAAGUCCUUUGCCAGUUGCUGUUGCCAGUCUUCAAAAUAGACUGAAAGAUUUUGUUGAAACGAUGCGAGAUCUGCUAAACCAUCAAUCUGAUACUUUAGAAGAACAUGCAUUUGUUAUCAUCUGUGAUUUGCUUAUAGUGUUUUGUAAACAACUCGCUGAAAAUUCUGGUCUGACUCCCUUGGUUUAUGAACCUGAUAAGUCUUUGCAGAAUCAACUCAGUUUAUUUGUCCAAAAAAAGGUUUUUAUUGAAGAUGAAGAUGAUGAUCAAGAUGAACACACAAAAAUUGAAGAGCUUCAUAAAAGAAGGAAUUUCUUGGCAUCGUUCUGUAAAUUAAUUGUUUACAAUAUUAUAAGUGUGAAACAAGCUGCUGACAUAUUCAAGCAUUAUGUUAAGUUCUAUAAUGAUUAUGGUGAUAUUAUUAAGGCUACAUUAGGUAAAGCCAGAGAAAUAAACAAAGUGAAUUGUGCAAAAACUAUGGCAAAGUCUUUGACUUCUUUGUUCGUGGAUCUCAGAAAUUGUGCACCUAAUGGUCAAAUAAAUCGCCAAGAAGAAAGUUUCAUUGCUAUCCGAGAAUUGGCCAAGAGAUUUGCAUUAUCCUUUGGUUUAGAUCAGGUUAAGAAUCGAGAUGCUGUUGCGGCUUUACAUCGUGAAGGCAUUUUAUUCACUGUAACACCAAUUUCAAAUCCUAAUGAUCCACUUGGUCCUCCACCUAAUUUGGCAUUUUUGGAGAUCCUUACAGAGUUUACUAAUAAACUGAUGAAACUAGACAAAAAAGUAGUUUUAAACUAUUUAGAUCGUCAUAUCCAGGCCAGUAUGCCCGGUACACGUUCUGAAGAUUGGCAACCUCUCAUUUUUUAUCGUAACAGCUUAGUUCAUGGUGAAGCUGAACAGCCUCCUCCAAGAGCGCCUGGGAGACAAUAUCGUGGGAGAAAACGCCUUCGAGAAGAUGAUGACCCGAGAAAUAUGGAAGAUGAUGGUAACAUGGAUCAGGACUCUGAUCGUGGUUCUGAAAAUUAAUUAUUAUUUUAAUUUUAUAAUUAUGUUACUAUUCAUAUUAAAGAAAAAAAAUUCUAUCUUGUA